CCUCUCUUCCCCCCGCCCUGCCUUCCCCUGCACCCUCCUUCUUCCCUCCGCCCGGGAGCUCUCACCGGUCCCCGGCGCCGCCUCCUUCCCUCCCGGCUCCCCGCUCCCGUGGCUGCCGCCGCCCCGGGGAAGAAGAGACAGGGGUGGGGUUUGGGGGAAGCGAGAGAGGAGGGGAGAGACCCUGGCCAGGCUGGAGCCUGGAUUCGAGGGGAGGAGGGACGGGAGGAGGAGAAAGAAAGGUGGAGGAGAAAGGAGGGGGGGAGCGGGGAGGAGCGGCCGGGCCUGGGGCCUUGAGGCCCGGGGAGAGCCGGGGAACCGGGCCGGCGCGCCGAGAUGCUGCUGCUGCUGCUGCCUCUGGCGCCACUCUUCCUCCGCCCCCCGGGCGCGGGCGGGGCGCAGACCCCCAACGCCACCUCGGAAGGUUGCCAGAUCAUACACCCGCCCUGGGAAGGGGGCAUCAGGUACCGGGGCCUGACUCGGGACCAGGUGAAGGCUAUCAACUUCCUGCCGGUGGACUAUGAGAUUGAGUAUGUGUGCCGGGGGGAGCGCGAGGUGGUAGGGCCCAAGGUCCGCAAGUGCCUGGCCAACGGCUCCUGGACAGAUAUGGACACACCCAGCCGCUGUGUCCGAAUCUGCUCCAAGUCUUAUUUGACCCUGGAAAAUGGGAAGGUUUUCCUGACGGGUGGGGACCUCCCAGCUCUGGACGGAGCCCGGGUGGAUUUCCGGUGUGACCCCGACUUCCAUCUGGUGGGCAGCUCCCGGAGCAUCUGUAGUCAGGGCCAGUGGAGCACCCCCAAGCCCCACUGCCAGGGUGAGGGGAACAGCUGCCUGCAUGCAGCUGAUGAGGACGCUUGUGUGAGGAUGGGAGUGGGGUGGGAAUGGAUAAUGGGAAAGAAUGGGGAGCUACAAAAAUGUGGGGGAGGACAUUGGAAAGGGGGAGAUGAAAGUCCCUUUUUCCUCCAUCACUUGCCUCAAACUUCCUCUUGCAGUCCCGGAUAUCCUCUGUAGGUUGUGGGCUUCCUUCCUUUACCUUUUAAAAAAGUCUUCUUCCUGCUCCCAAUUCUUAAAGCCUCACGUUUUCUCUUUUCCUUUAUGAAUCUCACCUCUCUCACCUUCUUAAGGUUUAAAUACUCCAAUUUUCCCUUUCUCUAA